AUGCCUGCUCGUAGUCGAACUCGUAAGUGGAGCUUUGAUAGACAAGUAAAGCAAACAUAUAUUCGUCGAAUGUUAUACAAUCAAUUAUUUCGAUCUCGCCAAAUUUUUCUUAUCAUCGGUCUUACAACAUUAUUGAUUGUUGUUAAUCAUUUGUAUUUUUCAACGGAGUCAACAGAUACAGUUAGGCUGGGCUCUUUCGAUCGAACAGUUAAAGAAAGCGGAAUAAAACAAAAACUCGUUGAAAUUAAAGACAGGCAACCAUCCUAUAAAUUAUAUAUAUACGAAGGAUAUGAAGUUGCUUUGGAUCGCAAUCGAGCACAAACAAAGUUACUUGACAAUUUAAAACUUCAUGAUAAAUGCCAACAAAAUCCGAAAACAAUUGUUCUUGAUAUUGGUGCUUCAUUGGGUCAGUUUGGCUUGUAUGCUGCUGCAUGUGGAUGUCAAGUUUACAUGUUUGAAGUUGAUCCAAUUAAACUUUCAUUACUUCGAAUGUCGAUUAAAUUAAAUUCAUUUGAAUCACGCGUAACACUAGUCCCGAAAGCGGUUAGUGAUUUACCACCAAAAACUCGAAUUUAUAUGAGCUUCAAUACCAGUAGUCAAGUAUCUCAUGAUAAAGUUAAUGAUACCUCUGAUGUAUACUCCGUAGAAACAAUCAAUUUAAAUCAAUUUAAUUUUUCUUCAGACAUUUAUUUACUUCGUGUUGAUGUUGAAGGUUAUGAAAUACAUGUGUUUCGUUCAAGUGAAAAAUUAUUUCUUAGUAGUCUUAUACAUCAUGUUCUAUUUCAAUAUACGCCUUCCGGAACAGAUCGAGUACUACAAAAUGACCUUCUUGGUUAUAUGAGAGAUAUUCUCGGUGGCAGAAGAUUUUACGCAUUGCAUCCAAAGGAACCUGUUUUAUUUGGACCUAUUUAUAACGAAGAUAUUGAUCAAUUUUACAUUCAACAUCAAUCACAAAAUCUAGAAAGAGAUGUUUAUGUACUAUUUCAAGAUGAAGAAUUAAAUAUUGAUUCAAAGUCUUAUGAAUUUCAAGCAUCGUUUGAUUGA